GCCCUAAACAGACAUCAGUAUUUCUUCCACAACGCUCUCUUUCUCUGUGGAAAAAGGAAUCUGGGCGUGGAAAGAGGAAUGGCGGGAAAGCAACUCUCCGGCGACGGGGUUCCACCGAGCCUCGCCGGAAUGUCCAAAAACCAGCUCUACGACAUCAUGUCUCAGAUGAAGACAUUGAUUGAGCAGAACAAGCAGCAGGCGAGGCAAAUACUUAUCCAAAAUCCUGCUUUGACUAAAGCCCUUUUUCAGGCACAAAUCAUGCUUGGAAUGGUGCAAUCCCCACAAGCAUCACCAGCCAUUUCAUCUGCGGUGUCUAAGAAUCCACAGCCAUCAGCUAUCUCAAAUCAGCAACCUGCUAUCCAGGCAUCAGUACCAGUUUCUGGUCCAAUUGGUCAGAACCAAAUAAGAAAACAGCAGCUUAACCAACCAAUGCCAUCGCGCCCGCCCUCACAACCUCUUGCUCCUCAAAACCCCCAACCCCAAUCCAUGCCCUCACAUCCAUUACAACAACCACAGCAACCUAAGGUACAUGUUGGUGCCCAGUCAACGCCAAUGUCUGUACCACAACACUCUCAAAUUUCUAGUUUGGCUCAAUUGCCGCCGCAUACAGCUUCCCAGCCACCCUCCCUUCACCAGCACCCUAUGCCUUCAUUGCCCACUCAACAACCUCUGCCAAAUACUGGCAGCCAGUAUAUGCCCCUCCAACCGCCACUGCCACCCCAGCCAAGACCACCAAUGCCAGGCUUCCCUCACCAGGCUCAAGCUCAAAUGGGACAAAAUCCGAGCUUUCAGCAUCCUAGUGGACAACAGAUGCAUCAUUCGCAACAUAUGUUUCAUUCAGGUUCAAAGCCUCCUGCUGGUAUGGGGCCUUCGUUUCCACAGGGACAGUUACCACUUCCAAAUCAACCUUUGUCCCAAUCAAUGUAUCAGGCAGGAAGCCCUCAUGUAGGAAUGGAUUUCAAUCAAGCUGGAAGCUCCAAGCCAACAGACAGGGGAUCCAAUUGGAUACCUGGCCUUCCUGAAAAUCCGAUGGGUCAGCUUUUAGGACCACAACCUGGGUUUCCUGGUCAAGCAGGUCCCAGCAACCAGCAUCCUCAAACACAAUCGUUGACUCCUGAGUUCGAAAAGGCAUUACUGCAGCAGGUUAUGAGUCUCACUCCGGAACAGAUCAAUAUGCUCCCAGCGGAACAAAGAAACCAAGUUCUUAACUUGCAGCAAAUGCUUCGUCAAUGAACAUAAUGUUUUUCGACAAACUUAUUCAGUUUAGAGCAUCGUCUGAUGCUAAUGAGAACUCUAUAUCUUCGGUGCUAGUUCUAAUGUUUGUGUGAUCUUUUUCUUCUUGUGACUUGCAAUAUACCUCAGGGCUUGGAUUGCCAAACAAAACGAGCUUUGUUUUCUAUGUAUGCUUGCAUUCCAUUUUAAUGGUGAAAAUGGACAAUUAGUUUUUGGGGCCA